AUGGCCUACACAGAUGUGACAGACGUGAAUGUAACGCGGGGAAAUUCUUCUGAGGAGUUCACUGUUUGUGACGGAGCUGUUACCGUCAGCCUAAAGCACCAUCUCCCAUGUGUCUGUUGUUCAUGCACGGAGUCCAUUAGUGCUCGCCUAUCAGUCUCAAUUCCAAUUUGCUUUGCUGUUUAUUCAGGAUCACCACUGUACGCUGCUCAUUUCAGACCGGGCAUGUACGUUGACUGCUGUGGCAGAACAAUCGACAAAGGUUUCCAGGGUGUGAUGAAACGCUGGGGCAUGAAGGGCCAACCGGCCAGCCACGGAGCCACUAAGACACACCGAAAGAUGGGGGCAUCAGGAGGAGAGGGAGAUCCGGGGAGGAUUUGGCCUGGUAAGAAGAUGCCGGGUCACAUGGGCAACAAAAUGAGCUGGACUGUCGGACUUAAGGUCUGGCGAGUCGACACAAAGCACAACAUCCUCUACGUCGCCGGCUCCGUCGCCGGACGCAAGUACGGUUACAUCAAGGUCAUAGACAGCGUACUGCCCAAGAACAAGAAAGUCAAGGCCCCACCGCCGUUUCCCACGUUCUACGAGGACGAGGAACUCGAGGAAGAACUGUACGAUGAGGAAAUGUUCAACUUCAGCGACGCGAGUAUUGAGUACCCAGAGAUGAUGAGGCAGAAAGUUGAGGGUUACGGAUUGUGACUUGUUUGGGAAACCAGAACUA